UAGUUUGUUUCUGCAGACAUACCAUAAUAAUUACUGCAUUUACUGUCAAAAUAAUACUGUGGGUAUUUGGCACCAGUAUCAGCAUUAAAAUAAAAUAAAGAUUCUAAAAGCUUUUGAACUGUUUGAAAGAGAUUCUAUAUUGAUUUAUUACAAAUUUACCGCAGUUACUAUGCUAUUUUGGCGGAAACUAAGGUUACCAUGGUAAAAAAAAAAUGCAAGGGAUUUCCUGUUGUUGCUGCCUUUAGAUUGAAUCUAGACGGGACUCGAGCUCGUGCCACGUUACGCUACGGUGCGUUAGCCUCAAAUGUGUUCUCUGUCAUUUCUCGGGAAAGUGCUGUCCUUCCUUGACUCAAGUAUUUGAGCUAAAGUAGAAUAAUCGCUGGGAACAUAGUUGUUGGCAUCUGUAGUAGAUCUGCAGCGUCUGAAUCUUUAAAAGAGCGACAGUGUUGUUGUAGUCUGAUACAGUGUAACUGCACAAGGCAGUGUGGAGCCUCUUUUUCUCUCUCGCAAAUAAAAUAAUGGGAGAGAAAUGAGAAGGAAAACAAAAGCGCAGCGGAUUCUUGAUUACGAAAAUGAAGAGGACGAGGAAGAGGAACAAAACCCGGACUUCAGUAACGGUUCACAGAAACGAAGAAAAAUGUAUCCCUCCAAAGAAAAAGCAGAAGAAAAUAGCUCAUCCGACGCCGGGCUUCAGAAGUUAGACAUGAAGGUUAAUGAGCUGGAUUGUUCUUCCGCAGACCUCUACACUGACAGUCCUCAUGCUUCUGAGUCUGAGGAGGCUAAUUAUUUACAGUCCUAUUCGAAGAAGGAGCUCAUUGCCAUGGUUUUGUGCAUGCAGAGGGAAAUGGAGGACAUGAAGGAACAACUUAGGUGCCUUACAGCAUGUGGAAAACUAGCACGAAACCUGGAAACGCUGAUCGAGAAGACCCAAGUGUGGUCAAACGGGAACAACGGGACCUCUCUCGGGACCCCAGUUACUCGAGGCACGGCACAAUCACCUGCCAAGGCGCAUACUGUGAUACCAGAUGUGCGGCCUCCGCCAGCUGUUGUGAAUGGACAAUGGUUGAAUCAGGGCCAAGGACCACAGAAACCUCUUGAGACCACUCAGAAAGCUCUGAAGGAUGGACUCUUUACAGAUUUUAUCACACCUGACCUUUUGGAGAGGUGUAACACAGGCACCACUGCCCAAAAACUGACCAACGACCUGCUCCGUGGACUCUAUGAGAGAGAAUGCCUUGCAUCUCACUCCAUAUCUGGAGUCGUGUUCAACAAAAAGGGCAAACCCAAGCCUGCUCUCCCCACCGAAGAAGUCCAGGCAGUCCUGAGAACAGUUCAGUAUUUCUUUCCUGUUAAGACCGACGCAGAGAUCAAGGGCUACAUCCGUCAGAAACUGCAAAACGAAGCCAAGAGUUUGAGGAAGAAACCUUCGCUCUCAGGCCAAUAUGAGUCUAGAGGUCUCAAUCUACAGAGUCCCAUGUCCCACUUAGAUAUGAUCAACCAGAAUUGAAACAUACAGUUUGUGAAUAUCAGUUGUGUUCUCUCCAUUAUAUUAAUUAAAGGUAAUUCAAUUCUGUGUAAUUUACGAUUAAAAGGCCGGGCCCGUAUUCAUAAAAAUUCUAAGAAAACUUUCCUCUCAGAAAACUCUUAUGUAGGAGUCUUAAGAGUGAUUCAGGACUGAUCUGAGAGCAACUCUGAGUAAGGAAAAGACAAAAACAUUCAUCUUAGUGAGGAGGCGGGGCUGACCCCGUUGCUAUGGUUGCUACACAAUCGUUUGAAGACUGUGAUUGGUUAGUUGUCCAAGAAGGGGAAGAAAACUAGUGAUUUUAAGUAUAUGGUCUAUUCUAAGCCUUCACUUUGAAAUUACAUGUGUAAUUUUUCCUAUUUGAGAGGAUCUGAGGAACAGUGUUUGCUGUUAGCUCAGUUAGUGGAUGAACACAAGGCCAUCCUCAAAGGAAAAUUCGGGCUAGGUGUCAAUCUAUAGCGUCUUAUUAACUCACUAUCAUCCAUCACGGCAACACAUUUUUGCCAUUUUCUCCUCUGCUAAAGAAACUCUUAAGUCCUCACCAGUACUCCUAACAAUUUUGACCUCAAGACCUCUUUUAAGGGUUAAGAUACUUUCUGAAUAAUUUUUUUCUUUACUAGGACUUUUUCUUUAAUUUUAAGAGUAAACACCCACAUUUCAAAGAAUUUUGUCACUAGGAGCUACUCUUUGCAUUAAGAUCCUUUAUGAAUACGGGCCCUGGGCUCUAGUGAAAUCGAUGUGCAUUGACAAUAGUCUUCAAAUAAAGUCACAAUAAUCUUGUGUGGCAGUCGUUCGGCUGCUGAAGUUUGUGCCGUUACUGAUGUGAAAAUGCAAAUGAGCAAUUCCAGAUAAAUCCAAAUGUUGCAUUCACAAAAGCCUCUGGCUGCUACAAGCACAGUUGACGCUUACAUAUCGAGAUGUUUAGAUAUUAAUGAUGUGUCUCUGUGAACGUCUCUUUUUUAAUGCUUUGUAUUUAACAGAUGUAGGAUUUCAGGAUGUUCCAGGGUCAUAGGCUGUGACCAUUAUUUACAUUGUAUUUUUUAUUUGAUGUUCUUUUGUCUAUAUGACAACUGCUUUAUGUAUGUAUGUAGCUUUUUUUUAAAUUAAAUUGCAAAAACACAAAUGGU